AACCUCAAAAACAUUAUAUAUCAAAAACUAAAGCAUUGAUUCCUUUGUAUGAGUUGUAUAGUUACACCAUUUGUUUCAAAGUAUAAUGUCAAUUAUUAAAUAUUAUAUAAGACACAAUAACAUCAACACAAUGUUCUUUAUUCUAGUUGCUAUUUUUUUCUUUCUCUUUCUUUUUGUUCUUGAUUAUGGAAAGAAGGGUUCUUGAUGGUAUUAUCAAUAGGUUGCUUGAAGUUAGAGGAAGACCUGGAAAACAGGUUCAGCUUUCAGAAGGAGAAAUCAAACAACUUUGUAUGGUUUCUAGAGAUAUUUUCUUGAAACAGCCUAAUCUUUUGGAACUUGAGGCACCAAUUAAGAUAUGUGGAGAUAUCCAUGGUCAAUAUUCAGACCUAUUAAGCCUAUUUGAGCAUGGUGGAUUCCCUCCACGUUCCAACUACUUAUUCUUAGGUGAUUAUGUAGACCGUGGAAAACAAAGCUUAGAAACAAUAUCACUUCUUCUAGCCUACAAAAUCAAAUAUCCAGAAAACUUCUUCCUUCUAAGAGGAAACCACGAAUGUGCUUCAAUAAACCGCGUCUAUGGAUUCUACGACGAAUGUAAAAGGCGAUUCAAUGUAAGGGUAUGGAAGAUAUUUUCAGAUUGUUUCAACUGUUUGCCGGUCGCGGCAAUUGUCGAUGAAAAGAUUAUAUGUAUGCAUGGUGGAUUGUCUCCUGAAUUGCAUAGUUUGAAACAGAUAAGUAAUUUGCCAAGGCCAAGUGAAGUUCCUGAAAGUGGUCUUUUGUGUGAUCUUUUGUGGAGUGAUCCUUGUAAAGAUGUUCAUGGUUGGGGUGUUAAUGAACGUGGUGUUUCAUUUACUUUUGGUGCAAGUAAGGUUGCAGAGUUUCUUCAAAGGCAUGAUCUUGACUUGAUUUGUAGAGCUCAUCAGGUUGUUGAAGAUGGAUAUGAGUUUUUUGCUAAUAGACAACUUGUGACUAUAUUUUCUGCUCCUAAUUACUGUGGAGAAUUUGACAAUGCUGGAGCAAUGAUGAGUGUUGAUGAAACACUUAUGUGUUCUUUUCAGAUAUUAAAACCUGUGGAUCAUAAAAUGCCUAAGUUUGGUUUUAGAAGUUCAACUUCAUUCAAGGCAUUUCUUGGUGCUAAAGUAAGAGCUGAUUGAGCUGACUAAAAUCACAAAACUUUGGAAUAUAGAUAAAACUGACUCUGAAAAAGUUAUAUCUUUAUUCACUAAAUGUGAAAUAACACUAUAACUGUCAAUUUGGAAGAACAGAGAAGAUUUAGUAUUAAUUGCUGGCACAUGAAUUUCACUAUGUAACAUUUAUAAUGUUGUUAACACAAAUGGAGGGCUCAGGUUUUUUUUUUCUUUAAGCUUUUUGUGUGAGAGAUAUUUUUCUAAUGAUUCCUCUAUUCAUAUCUCUGUUUUGUACUACAAUGGCAGCAUUGCUGCUGAUUUAAUAAUUAGUGUAAUUGCUUUGUAAUAUUAAUAUAUCAUCAAGUUACUUGAAA